AUGGCCGACUUCCUUGCCAGCUUUAAUUUUGGAGCGCCAGAUGCUGUCCCGUCCAAGCCAUCCUCGUGCGUCUCGGUCGACGAACUUCAAACACGCCUGCACACCAUCCUCGAAGAACAGACGACGCCGACUCGCGCAGAACACAUCUCUACCACGCUCGAUAUCAGUGCGACAGCCCAGAUCUCGCUCCAUGUCCCCCAGAACGAGAACGAGGUCCUCGACGACCUCAACAAUGUUGACCCAUCGCUGGGGGGUAUUUGGACAUGCGGCGUCGCGACCGCCUCCGAGGGACAAACGGUACGCGUUGUGAAUGCAACGGAUGUGCUCUCCAACCAACACCAAGACGACCCUUUCCCACAACAGGCCGUCGCCAGGCACAUCGUCGCCACCGUGGGCGCAACGGAUGGCCGCUCUUGGGUCAUGCGAGACAUGUCACGCGGCCCCGAGGGAUGGAGCUUCAGCUACCUCUGCAAAGACUCGGUCCAACAAUGGAAUCGCCAGAAUAAGGAGAAGGCGAAACUCGUCAUCGGCGAUUACACCAACAAGGUGCCCGACCCAGCAGCGAUGAGUCGGCCUGCGUUUGACUGUCGAGGCUCCGUCAAAAUAUCCUUCCCGCAAGGCGGCCGGGCGAUCUCCGUUAUCUACGAUCACACGCUCAUCCACAAGACGGUGGCCGAGAUUGCCGAACUUUUUAAACCAACUCCCCGACAGUUGGCUACCCAAACUCCACGAAAGGAGAAGACGCCCAAAAAGUCGGCUUCUGUGAAGAAACGACGGGACUCAACCAAGCCUCGGAACGAGAGUGGGAAACCGCAGAAGCGAAUAAAGAAGGUAGACGGCGAACCAACAGACGAGACGGGACACGAAGCGCAACUGUUGGCGGAGUUGGCCCAGAACGGACAGGCGGCCCAUGAUUUGUCCAAGGAUGGAGUCGCAGAUGGCAAAGACAAAGAUGCUGAAGAAGCCGGUGGCCAAACUGAAGUCAUAACAUCGUCGGUGUUGGGAUCUUUCCCCAUCAAUGUGUCCCCGGAAGAGGCCAACCGCAGACGGGAGUUUGCUAUCAAAAAUUUAAGCGAGGCAGGUGUCGACCCAGACUCGCUAUCCACAGAGCAGUUCAACAUAUUCGCCAACCAGUCCCCAGAUCUCCAAAAGGAAUCCCUCAACAUGCUUGUCAAGUAUGGCGCCGAGAGACUUCGCAUCGUGCAUCCUAGUAGUAAGGACAGUUCGAACUCGGCAUCGGCAGGCAACUCGACGACAGCGGUGGACGCAUCUCCGGCUACCCCAUCCGCACCCAGCACAGCAAAGGGGCCGGUACCCCAGUCGCAAGGCUCUGGCAGGGAAUCGAAAGGCCGAAAGCUGGGCAAGUCCCGAGUUGCCUGCUUGAAGUGCAAGCAGCGUAGGGUCAAGUGCCCCCGGGAGAGACCGGCAUGCUCUGAAUGCGAAACGGGAGGCCUCGGGUGCGAGUAUGCACCGCAAAAGCCGAGAGUGCGUAAGGUCCUAUCCGAAGCCAUCGUUUCUGCCGACUACGACGAGGGCGAUGAUGAUCUGACCCAGCUCGGGCACGAGCCGAGAGGGGAACAAGCUGGAGACAGCAGGGAGGCCGAGGACGAUGGGCAGGAUCUAUCUGCGGAGGCAGAUUACUCGUCGUAUCCGCAGAUACCCGUCACAGGCAUGCUGACACCGACCGGGGUUACCCAGGAGCACAAUCCAUACUUUCGGUCGUUGUCCCAUUCUGAGGAUCCGCCGCAUGGUUCGCAGCAGAUGCAGACGAACCUCACUGGAUUGAUGGUACCUCAGGGGGCGUCGCAGUAUCCGGACCCGCCAGCCGACACCACCAGCCUGCUCCAGGACACCGACACUGUCCGUCAAUUAAGCAAUACUCAACACAAUGCGCCGCGGAUCCCGAUCCCUAUCUCAUUCCCAAGGCGCAUCGACCGCGACGACCCCCCCCCCAGCCCAGCAAGACCGCUCUCGGGCCUCGAACCACCGACUGUCCGCCAACUCCCCUCAGCUGCAGGAUGUUAUGGCCUUGUCUCAGGCCGCGCUGGAGCACCAGAAAGAAUCACCCAGCCUAAACAGAGCAGGCUCUCGUGCGCAGUCGCGACAAGGCCAGAGAGCUCAGGCAACGGCGACGCGGAGCACGCAGUCGGCCGUGAACGGUUCUCAGCUUCAGCCAUCACAGCAGGCAGUAGACUCCUCCACUCCCGACUCCUCUCACCGUACAUCCUCCGUCGGCAUGAACGAUGCGUCGACAUAUGCCAGCUAUGA